CGUUCUUGUCAGUGGUGGUGGGUGUUGCUUUUCGAUUCGCACUCCCUUAGUUUCUUCUUUCUUGUUCUCUCUCUGAAAAUGGAUCGCAAAAGCGUGUUUACUGUGGCAUUAAUGUGCGUUAUCGUCGCUAGUGUCGGUGGCCAAGCUCCGACGUCGGCUCCUACUGCUACUCCGGUGACUCCGGCAGCCCCUGUGGCUACUCCGGUAACUCCUGCAGCGCCCGUGACCGCACCAGCUAAGGCUCCUGCAAAACCUAAAUCGCCUGCUCCAGUAUCUUCACCACCCGCUGCUUCUCCGUCUAAACAGACUGUGCCAGCUCCGGUUCAGACUCCAUUGGCUACGCCACCACCUGCCGUCACUCCGGUUAGCUCACCACCUGCUGUCACUCCGGUCAGCUCACCACCUGCUGUCACUCCGGUUAGCUCUCCACCUGCUCCAGUUCCAGUGAGCUCUCCACCAGCUAAAUCUCCUGCCAAAUCUCCUCCAGCACCUGCGCCAGUGACUUCACCAACAAGUUCUCCUCCGGAAAACGCUCCUCCUGCUCCAGUGGUUUCACCAACGGCAGAGGUUCCUGCGCCGACUACCAGCAAGAAGAAGCCUAAGAAGCACAUUGCUCCAGCUCCUGGUCCUGACUUGUCGAGCCCACCUGCUCCGCCAACUGAGGCACCUGGACCGAGCGCUGAAGCCAACUCACCUGGACCCUCUGUGGCUGAUGAGAGCGGAGCAGAGACGAUAAAGAGCCUGCAGAAGAUGGUUGGAGGGCUGGCAGUGGGAUGGGCAAUCUGCACUUUGGUCUUCUAGAGAGAGAAGUUUAUCAUGUGACACUGCAGCUGCUGCUGCUUCCCCUGUUAUAUUAUUUUAAUUGUUUGCCCCCAUUUUCUCUUAUUUAUUACGGGACACACAUUUGAUAUAUUUUUUAUUUUAUUUUACCAUUGUUUGGUUAAAUUAUUAUUGUCAUCGUAGUGGCCACUGGUUUUGGUGAUUUCUGCCUGGGGAUUACCACAUUUGCUUUUGUAUUCAGUAUUCUUUGAGAGAGAUUUGUGGGGGAAACUCUGUAUUUUUGAAGUUCUCUAUUCACCGUCAUUUUGGAUCCUUCCAAUAGGACCCUUCUCUUUC